CCAUCAUCGUACCUUCUACUUUAGACCUCCUGUCUCGAGGCUAGUAUACAGACGUGAGGAAGGACCACCUGUCAUUGCACAUGCCGUGAAUCUUGGGAUGCGAUUGCCUGUUUACUACUUAUGGAAAGUAUGUAGACCGGCAGAUAACCUUAGCUAAUUAACCUUUUUGUUUUUGCCUUAGCCCUCUCGUACUUUCCAUCAUCGUCCCAUCCCAUACCCCAGGCGCCUUCGGUUGAAAAGAACAUAAAUUCACCAGUUUCUUCUCCUCGAAUUCUAACAUCGUCUUCUAAUCAUCACAUCAUAUCCUAAGUCACAAGCAAGAACACAAAGUUCUACCUCUGUAGACUGUGCUACACAAUCACUCUGACCCUACAAUCCUCAAUCUCCUCGUACUACUUCUUGAUAAUAUUAACCUCUUUCAACAAAACUCACAAUGAAGUGGCCCGUCAGCCUUCUCCCUCUCGGCCUCCUUGCCACUUUCGCCUCCGCUGCCCCUCUUGUGGAGCGACAACUCGACCUCUACGAGCUCCAGAUCUCUUGCCCGGCUAACAAGAAAGUCGAUGGCCGCUUCAUUUCGCUCAAGAACAACACAUUGGGUAUUUUCGACGGAGACGAUGUCUCCCCUGUCAAGGUGUACACCGUAGACAGCGAAAAGCAGGGCUGUAAUGAGCUACACACGUACCCAGUUGGCAUCGUCGACCACUCUAUUGGACUCAUGGGUCCGCCUGAUCUGUUGACUCUUGUCGACAUGAUGAACCCGCAAACCGUCAAGCCUGGUGAAGGAGACAUUGCCCAGUGGGAUACUUUCCAGCUUGUGGAUGGAAAGGUUACCAACAAUGCCGAAGGACAAUGGCUAGCAUUUCCGAACGGCCACGAUACUUGGAAGGUCAAAUGGACUGAUGGCUCGGCUGUUAUCACCACCGACUUCAUGAUCGUUGACGUUCUACUCAAGAGUGCCGGCGAGGGUCGUAAUAACGGGGACUAAACUAGUGGCCCAUGUUACUGGAUGAGAGCCAAGGGAAAAGAAAAAGAAUAAAAAUUCCGUGAUGCAUGAACGAGACACAAAACAUGUGAAGUAUUGCUAUUGGACUCGCCUAAUGCUGUAUGGCCUAAUUAUCCAAUCAUAGGGUUGAUAAAAGUUCAAGUUUGCCUUUAGUUGAUCUCUCUAGUUGAAAGACUACCUACCUAAUGUGCUUAUUGUAUUUGCUUCUUUGAAUUACUGUAAUAUAGUAUUAUUAGGGUUUCCAUCUUGAAGGUAUUCCGUGCUGCUGUUCGGUCGAAAUAGUCUUGAUAUCAACUUCAUCGUCAAUAGCAUAUUGGGUGCCGACCUCUUGAUAACGUUACUUGGCAGUUUCUCCAACUAUGGAAGAUU